AUGCCUGCAGAUAUGGAUCAACUGGAUUUGGGGCAAAUCCAAAAUCAAUCCAAUCAAAUUAUAGCUCAACAUAACAAUCAACUGAAUCAGUUUGAGAAAGUUCAAGACUUGGAAAACAGUAGUCAUCCUUCACAAUUCAAUGAAGCUCAAUUGCAAUAUGAUGAGAUACAUCAAGACUUUUUUGGAUCUCAAGAGAAUGAAGCAAAGAACAAUGAAAUAGAAAGGAAUAUCAAAUUAAUUUCCAGUAUCCCACCACUGAACAAAGGGACUAAGUUUGGUGUUGAUGGAAACCAUGCAAGAGGAAUUCAAGGUUUUGGAGGAGGAGCUUGGGGACCUUUUUGAAAAUAGUGAUGUUCAGCUCAAACAUGCUAGGAAAAUAAAAGCUAUCCAAAAUCAAAUAAAACUUUACAUUCAAAAUUGGAUU